UCUGCACAUUACUGUACAAAUGUAAGCCUAGUGCAAUCGGCUAUUUGGACACAGACGCACUCGUUCACUAGACCUGAUUCGCGGAGCGUAAACUUUCGACGAUACGGCAUAUCCAGUCCACAAACGCAAAAGUGCGUACUACGCUUAUAAGGAACAAUUUGUGAACGUAAGAAGGGCAUCCGCUAAAGGAUUACAUACUCGACUUUUUACGGUGAGAGUGAACUAAAUAAUUUUAAGACCCACAGCCUAUGGAGAAUGCCUUGUGCUUCGACAAGGUGGGCAGACAGCAGUAAGUGAAUGAAGAUGAGGAGGCCCUCAUGCCUUGUGACAUGGUUGGGGAUUGGAACCAUCCUGCUCAUGGCCCUCGCUCACAUUAAGGCUCAGGGUGGGGAUGACUGGCAGUAUGAGGAGUGUAAGCUGUAUCGUGGAGGCCCCCCUGCCACCAUCGUCACCAUUGAUGAGGAAAGUCCAAAUGGGACUAUUCUGGUGGAGAAUAUGCAGAUUAACGGGCGUGUGCAGAACCCUGAGCAGACCAUCUCUCUGACUCUGCUAAGGAACUAUGACUACUGGGUCAUCCUAGACCCUGUCCUCCAGAGACUCUACCUCAAUAGCACUGGACGUGUGCUGGACCGAGACCCCCCGAACUCCAUCACAUCCAUAGGGGUAGAUGUGCAGUGUACCAACGAGAAGGUAGGCAUUGUCAUUGUGCAUGAGGUGCGGAUACUGGUGCGUGACAAGAACGACAACUCGCCUCAGUUCCAGCAGUCCAGCUACUACGUGGCAGUCAAUGAGCUCAGUCCUAUUGGCACCACCAUCUUUACUGGCUUCUCAGGAAACAACGGAGCCAUUGACAUUGAUGACGGACCGAAUGGCCAGAUCGAGUAUGCCAUUCAAUACAACCCCAAUGAUCCGCUGUCGAAUCGGACAGUUCGGGUGGCUAGUGCACUGUCUGGCAACAUCAUUCUUGCUGAGAGACUGAACUAUGAAGAGAGGACACGCUACUUCAUCAUUGUCCAGGCCAAUGACCGUGCCCCUUAUCUACCCAACCAGCGUACAGCCACCACCACACUCACCCUGGACGUGCUGGAUGGGGAUGACCUGGGGCCCAUGUUCCUGCCUUGCGUGCUGGUCAGCAACACCCGGGACUGCAUUCCCGUCUUCUACCGUGUGGUCAUUCCUGAACUCACAGAGCCGAGCAAAUUGAACCCUCUAAAUGUGACUCCACCCAUUCGAGCAGUCGACCAAGACAGAAACAUCCAGCCCCCCUCAGACAGACCCGGCAUCCUCUACUCUAUUCUGCUUGGCCAACCAGAAGUGUACCCAGAAUUCUUUUCUCUGAACACUACCACAGCAGAGCUCCGCCUGUUGAAGCCCGUCAGAAGAGACAUGUACCAGAGCUUCACACUCGUCAUCAAGGCUCAGCAGGAUAAUGGUCACCCUCUUCCUGUACUCGCCGAUCUGCACAUUGACAUUUUGGAUGUAAACAACCAGGCCCCCUACUUCCACCAGCCGUCCUUCCAGGGUUUCAUCAGCGAGGCCGCUCCAGUUGGUGCCACCAUCUCUGGUGUAGCCAACCUGACGGCCCCUCUAGCCAUCACUGCCCUGGACAAUGACAUAGAGGAGCUCCAGCCAGGUGCCAUACCAACUAAAGACCCACAGUUGAAGAUAUCACUAAGUGACUACACCUCUGUCUUCUCUAUUACCUCUUCUGGAAUCACUCGUUACCUCACCCUGCUCAGGCCAGUGGACAGAGAGACACAGAUGAACUACACUUUCACGAUGGUGGCAUCUGAUGGGGUACAGCAGACCAUUCCCAGGACAGUGAACAUCCUAGUCAUUGAUGCUAAUGACAACACACCCACCUUUUCUCAAGUGUCGUAUACCAAGGAUGUGUACACCAACAUGCAGCCGGGGGACACUGUAAUACAGCUUACUGCUCAGGAUGCAGAUGAGGGUUUGAAUGGGCUAGUCACCUACAUCAUCUUGGCGGGCGACCAGGGGGAUUUUGUGAUAAAUAACCGAACAGGCCGUAUCACCAUAGCCCCAGGGGUCAGUCUGACCAUGGGCCGCACCUACGCCCUCACCGUCCGAGCAGCGGAUAAUGCGCCUGUGGCUGAGAGGAGGAGCUCCAUAACUACCGUUUAUAUUGAAGUUCUGCCUCCUGAUAACCAGAGUCCUCCACGCUUCCCUUCCCUGAUCUACAGCCUGGAGGUUAGCGAGGCCAUGCGGAUAGGGGCGAUACUCCUCAACCUGCAGGCUACAGACCGUGAGCUGGAUCCAAUUACAUACCACAUUGAGAGUGGUGAUCCACAGCAGGUAUUCAACCUCUCUCAAACUAUAGGUCUGCUGCUCUUGGCAAAAGCACUGGACAGAGAGACUACUGACCAAUACCGCCUCAUCAUCACAGCUUCUGAUGGACACCCAGCGGGGAUCUCCACUGCAACGGUCAAUAUUGUGGUCACAGAUGUCAAUGACAAUGACCCGACCUUUGACCUCACCCUGCCUAGGAACCUGACUGUACAGGAGGAGCGAGCCAAUGUAUCUGUGGGUAAAGUCUUGGCCACAGAUCCUGAUGCUGGACCCAAUGGUCAGGUGUACUACCGGCUGCUCACUCAUACAUCCCUCUUCACCAUCAGUCCCAAUGGUAGCAUCUUCACAGCCGUGCCUCUGGACCGCGAGACACAGAGUCAGUAUGACCUGGUGGUGGAAGCCUCAGACAGUGCUGUAGACCCUCGGCGCACCACCCUUACGCUGCUGGUCAGGGUGUUGGACAUCAACGAUAACAGCCCUGUCUUCGCCCUGCGUGUCUACGUGGUGAAUGUGGCCGAGAACACUCCAGCAGGAACCAUCAUCCUGCGCCUCACGGCAGUAGAUGCGGAUCUGAUCUCUAAUGUGACGUAUAGGAUAAGCACAGAGGCAGCUCGCCAGCUCUUUGCUGUUGACAAGUUCAGCGGAGUACUGUCUGUGCUGCAGGCCCUGGACUUUGAGGCUCUGGGCCAGGACGGUGCCAACUACACCUUCCAGGUGGAGGCUCUAGAUCACGAAAUGGUCUUACCUCCUGGAGUGGCUACAGUAAUUGUACGGAUUACAGAUAUGAACGACUUUGCUCCAGUCUUCACUCAGGCUGUUUACAAAGGCAUGGUGGCUCCUAAUGCCUUGAAAGGAACUGUCAUUGCCACUGUUCUCGCAACUGACCAAGACCCUCCCGGGACCGCGGCAGGCAGAGUACGCUACAGAGUGGAUCAGGAGCAGUCGCCUUAUAGUGGCAGGAUUUUUGAUGUAGAGGAGUUGUCCGGGAGGGUCGUCACCAAAGUCAACCUGAAUGAGGAACCCAGCACUAUGUUCCAACUGGUGCUGAUUGCCUAUGAUGACGGUGAGCCGAUGAAGCUGAACUGGACAGUGGUGGAGAUCACAGUGCUGCAGCCUUCCAGGAUACCCAUCUUCACAGAAGAGGAGUACAGGUUUAGUCCAGUGAGUGAGAAUGCUCCAGUCGGCCAGGCCGCAGGCAUGAUCCUAGCAGCAGCUGUCAACACCACCAUCUUCUACUCCAUUGUGGGAGGCAAUGAAAAGGGUGUGUUCAGAGUGGACAACCGCACUGGCAUGAUCUACACAGCUAAGCCGCUGGACUAUGAGACAGUGGUCAGCUACGAGCUCCGUGUGCAGGCUGACCCCCUGGCUCUUGUUCUGGCCAACCUGCGUGUGCCUUCCAAAACGAACACGGCGAAGGUGUUCAUUGAUGUGCAGGAUGAGAACGACCACCCCCCGGUGUUCACAGAGUCUCUGUAUAUCGGCGGAGUAACUGAGGAUACAAAGACAUUUACAUCAGUCCUGAAGAUUAUUGCUACAGACAAAGACACAGGAAACUACAGUAAGAUGGCAUAUAGACUUAUAAUCCCACCCACAGCAGAGGGGCAGGAUAGCUUUGUGAUUGAGAAGUACUCGGGCAUCAUCAAGAGUGCCAUCAUGUUUCGCAACAUGCGACGUUCCUACUUCAAAUUUGAGGUCAUUGCCACUGAUGACUAUGGCAAGGGUCUCAGCAGUAGUGCCCAGGUGGUGGUGUCAGUGGUGAAUGCAUUGGAUAUGCAAGUAGUGGUGUCCAAUGUGCCGCCCACUGUAGUGGAAGAGAACAAAGACCAACUGGUCAGGAUUCUGGAGCGCUAUAUACAGGACCAGAUCCCUGGUGCUAAAGUGAUUGUGGAAUCUAUUGGGCCCAGGAGGUAUGGGGAAGGCUAUUCAUUGGAGGACUACAGCAAAUCAGACCUCCAGGUGUAUGCCAUUGACCCUCUCACCAACAGAGCCAUAUCUCGCCAAGAGCUCUUCAAUUUUCUGGGUGGUAAGAUUCUGGACAUCAGUAAAGAGUUCCAGCCAUAUCUGGGUGAAGGGGGCAGGAUUCUGGAGAUCCGCUCGCCUGACAUUGUGGCUACGGUGAAGAAGGCUGCACAGGCUGUGGGCUACACGGAGGGGGCACUGCUCGCACUCGCCAUCAUCAUUAUACUCUGCUGUAUCCCUGCCAUCCUCAUCGUCAUGGUAACCUACAGACAAUUCAAAGAGAGACAGGCUGAGUGUGCCAAAACUGCUCGUAUCCAGAUGGCACUUCCUGUUGGCAAGUCACCUGCUGCAGCUCCAGCCAAUCUCUAUGAAGAGCUGGGAGAUAGCAAAACGCCUGGACGUGGCAGAGAGCAGCAGUUGUUGAGGCCAUCAUUGCUCAGGCCAGAGGCACUCUCUAUGGAAUCAGGUAUUGAUCCUGGGCAAGACUACAUUGCACCAGACUACUAUGAUCAAAUGUACGAUCCAUAUCCUCCAUAUGGGAGCCGUAGGAGGUUGAUAUCUCCCAUGUACGAUGAGUAUGGAGAGGCCAUUGUGGAGGAUGAUGGCUAUUACUACAAUCCCUAUGGGCCAGAGACUGGCAGAAAAAAGAGGAUCAAGUUGGCUAUGGAGAGAGAAGGUGAGUCAACAACUACAGGAGAGGACAGUGGUUCAGAUGUCCAACGAAGCCACCUGCCUCUGAUCAACAGCCACAGCAACAUCAAUGGCUCCAUGUACGUGGCACAGAAUGGGACUAUCAUUAGGACCCGGAGAUCACCUUAUCCUAAUAACCUAAAACUUGGCUCGCCUGGCCGACUAGGCAAACAGUUUAAAAAACUGGACAAGUUGGGAAUUACACAUGAGGAGAAUUUUCCUUUAAAUAGUACAGCGGAUAAUGGGCCUGAUAUAGGAUCCACUGGUGUGCUUUCAUCUGUAGCUGACAGCAACCUCAACACCAGGUCCUCCAGUGGAUCCUUUGGGUAUAGUAUAGGGCCAAAGUCCAACAUUAAAUCCCAAAUGCACAAAGACCAGGGGCAGGAACUGGAGUCAACCGUGGACAAUGAGGAGAACAAAGAAACCUUGGAGUCUCCAAGUGACCAUACGCUGUCAGACGAGGAAGAAUUGUGGAUGGGCCCCUGGAACAACCUUCACAUACCAAUGACAAAACUCUGAUUUUUCUUGUUUUUGUUUUCUUCUUUUCUUUUUUUCAAACAGAAAGAAAAAAUUCCACUGUCUCUGUUUUACACGCACAAGUCACCAACCAAAAAUUGUGAUCAUACCUGGAAUUCAUUUUUUUUAAAUAUGAUUGUACUGAAUUCUGUUUUAUCUAAAUCACUGUUUAAAACUAAUGUCAGCAACAAAAUGUAGAAAGAAGAAUUGACAUUAUGUUACAAGAGAUUUUUAAAAAGCAAGAAAUGUGAAGAAUGUGUAGCUAACUAAAAAACUGCUUUAGGCAAUGUUCUUACACCUGUGUUUGAAGAGUUUGUAUACAUUUUUUAGUGCAGUCACAUAUACCUGCUCAUUUGAAAUCUUUUUGGAAUUCUGUACAUGAACAGUGCAAACUGGCAUCUAUUUAUUUUGUGUUCAUGUUGUAUGAUUUUUUCCCCCUUUUUCAUUUCUUUUUUUAACCUAAGAAUAUAAACAGCUGUGAUGGCCCUGAUAUUUUGAAUUAAAAAAAUAAUAUCUCCAUAUGUCUGUAUAAAAAUAUAUUCUACUUUCAUAGCUUCAGAUGCACAUGCUGAAUAUAGAGAAUUAACUCGAAUUUAUUAUUUUUUUCUACAGUGAUGAUGCCUUUGAUUCAGAUAUAGUUUAUGAGGCUUACUUGGUUUAUGAAAAGCUUUUUUUUCUAGGCUUGCCCCCUUCCUGCUGCAUUUUACGUGCUCUCUGUGAACAGCUUAUCAUUAUCUUUCAGCAUAAUCUUCAUCUGUCCAGCAAAAGAUAAUGAUGUCAAAUAUGAAUGCUUGGCCAUCCAAACCAUGAUUGCAUCUGUGAGGAUAAUUGAACAAUACGGGCAGGCUAAAUUUGUACUGAUGAUGACUGAGAUUGUCACCUCAGACCUAAAAUCUAACUACCAAAAUCACUAGCUGGGUAUGAGACUAAGGAUACACUUCCCCCACUAUUACCACUAAUGUUUUUUGCUAAAUGUGUGAGGACAGAAACCACUGUAUUUGUAUUUGCCAUUCUGACUCCACAUGACUACAAGCUGUAUGUGAAGCAAGGGACAGUUAUUUAUUUCUGUUUAUUUAUUUGUUUAUUUAUUUUAGCCUGUGCAGAUGCCUGAGGCCAUACUGAUUUAUGAGAUUAAAUUUGCAGAUGAGAUGAUUAUUUGACCCAUGGUUAUUAUAAUGUGAUUUGUAAAAUGUUCUGAUAUAUUUUUCUUAUUUGGUCGGGGCCAACUAAUGUCAUCUGCCACUAGGUGGCAUUCUUCUCUUUUAGGAAGGAGGUGCAGUUUUAGUACAUAUACAUCAAUACAUAAUUUCUCUUUACCUGUAGUGUAUUCUAUUUAGGUAUUUCUAAGUGUUUGCAUUUGAAAUAUACAUAAGGGUGGUUAUACUGUUUUGCCUUCACCAGAAGAGCAGUGAAGACUUGUUUUUUAGGUGUUCUCUAAUAUAACUAGCAACACUUACACAGUUUCCACUUUUCCAUCAAAUAAAUUUUUAAUUGUUUCAGUUAUUUACAAGAUGAUAUCUAGAUGCUGAA